CGGGCAAAGGGCGGAGGUGUUAGCAAAGGAGAGAGAGGAAAAAAAGAGAAAAGGAGGUUCUGCUGCUGUUGCGACUGAGAAACUCAGAAAGCCGCCAGUGGAGUGAAGCGAGGAGGCGCUGUUGGUAGGAAGUGUAGCUGCAGUAGGGGGGAGGCGGCUCUAGCUGAGUGAGCCCAGGCUUCCACCACAGACAGGGGACACUGACUCCAGCAUGUACUCCCAGUGCCAACUCUUCCUGCUCCACAAACCCAACUUGCAGCGACCCGGCAGCACGCUGCACCGCUAGCCCUGUGCCUACAACCUGUGUGCUGUGCUGGAGGAGAUUGCAUGGAAGAACAAACAACCCCAGGUGACUGGAAUACACCCUCCUCUUGUGAUUUCUUCUAGCCGGCUUGUGAGCAUCAGGAGCAGUGACGGGAAAGCGCCUUCUGCCUCCCUCUCACCAGAAGCCCGGCUGUAAUGGUAAACAUAGAUCGGAUGGAGAGCACGUAAAUUAAUCAAGAGUGAAAAGUUUCUGCAGGCUGGCUGCUGCUUUUCCAAGUAUCUAUGCACGAUUUAUUUAAACGAAAGCGCUCCUGACAUUUUCAAGGAAUUUCAACGACAUUGUUGUGCUAAACCAUAAAGGGAGAGAGGAAAGAAACAUUGUGGGGAUGCCUGCGAGCCCCUUGCAGUCUGCCAUUGAGAUGGUGUUGUGUUUGAAGGAAUGGUGUUAGCUGAAGUGCAUUAAUCCAGAUACUGGCUCUGCAGAGAAACAGUGGCCGGGCAGACAUCAGGAUUUUGUUUUUUCCCCCUCCGGGCAGGUUUCUUGGCGAAGAAAAUUAGCAUUUCGAAGUGUUAUCUAUCGGGAGUAUUUUAUCUGUAUGUAAGAAAAAAGGAGGUGGGGAGGAAGGAUGCACCCCAGCGUGUACAGAGCCAAAGGCGAGAAACAGAAAGGGAGACACAACCCUGUGACUGUGGAAGUGUUCCUGCAGGGAGGUGCUCCCUGGGGAUUCACUCUGAAAGGUGGCCUUGAACAUGGGGAGCCGCUGAUCAUCUCCAAGGUUGAGGAAGGAGGGAAAGCGGACUUGCUAACAAGCAAACUGCAGGUGGGGGAUGAAGUGAUCAAUAUCAAUAAUGUGGAACUGAGCGGUUACAGACAAGAGGCUAUCACUCUAGUGAAAGGUUCCUACAAGACCCUGAAGCUGCUCAUUCGCAGGCGGACUGAACUGACAGGCCGACCUCACUCCUGGCAUUCUACAAAAUUAGUGGAAAAUCAACCAGAUUCAAGCAUGAUGCAAAUAUCUCAGGGCACGAUCAGCACUCCUUGGCACCAAACCUACCAUUCUAGUUCUUCCACUAGUGACCUCUCUGGCUAUGAUCCUGGGUAUCUGAGGAGGAGUCCAGAUCAGUACAGCUCGAGAGGUAGUAUGGAGAGCCUGGACCAUACCAACCCUCCGUAUCAUUCCUGCAGCCUGUCACCAGCCAAGUCCACCAACAGCAUCGAUCAGCUCUCCCAGCAUCAUAGCAAAAGGGACUCUGCCUAUAGCUCUUUCUCAACCAGUUGUAGUAUUCCUGAAUAUCCAGCUGCACCCUUCCGGACUGAACGUUCCUUUUCCAUGGAAAACAUGCCUUCCAGAAAUAGCCUCCAUGAAGGAAUCAGACAAGCUGACAUAAAGUAUGUGAAAACAGUUUAUGAUUCCCACAGAGGAAUUUCUGAGGAGCGUGAAGUUAGCUGUCCUUCAACAAAGAGCUCAAAUAGUCGGGCCCAGACAGAUCCCAGGAGCUAUUAUAAGCCCUACAGUGGUAACAGACACAGUAUUGGACCAGUGUGGAAUACCCCGAGUAGAAGCUCUUUAGAGAUGGAUAAUAAAGCACCUCCACUUCCACCAACCCGCAGUGACAGUUUCAUGGCAAUCAGAAGUCAUGAGAAACCUACCUCCUGGUCAAGUCUAGACGGACAGGCCAAGCCUGUUCGACCUCUGCCAAAGGGAACAUGGCUUCACCAUAUGAACGCAAGUUCCUCUGGGCAAACCCAUCCACUGAAGUCUGCAUUCGGAGAAGGACAACUUAACACAGUAUUGGAGAAGAGCCCUGAAAGUAGCCCAGCUGUUCAGCCGAAGCACAGUUUCACUCAAGCACCACAACCAGGUCAAGCAAUGCUUCCAACUGGAAUUUACCCAGUGCCUCAGCCUGAACCACGGUAUGCCCAGGCACCAACCACCAGCACAAACUAUCUGCAUCAAAACAGCAAUAAUGGAUUACUCUACCCUGCCCUAAGUAGAGAAAAUACACACACCGCUCAGAACUCAACUGAUAGGACUAAAUGUACUCCGUGCAAUGUAGAGGAAAGCAAAAGCCAAAGUAUCGUCAAUAAACCUGCUGUUUACCAACCCAGCAUUGCACACUUUGAUUCUAACAGUAAAUAUGAAGUGAGCUCAGAGCGUCCAGACGGACAGUAUGCCCACUACAAGGUACAUGUCUUCCCUGAUUCAAAAUGCUUUCCUGACACAGUGCCUCCUAAUGGAGGCCCACUACCUUGUCACAGUCCCCCAGCUAGUGCCAGCACGAGUGAUGCACAGUAUCGUUGUAGAAAUAUCGAAUCUCCACAAGCACAGCAGAGAAGGCAAAGCAAUGAGAAAGGCCCAGCCAAUCAGCAACCUGAGGACUGGCAAGGGAAAGGUCAAAUGGAUGGAGACUCUUAUCAGCGGAAACUUGAAUGGGAAAAUCAUCUCGUUCAGAUCAAGGAUGAGAACAGAGACCAAAAAGGACCUCCACUGUGGCAGAACCACCCAGAGAGCAGAAUGGUCCACCGUAGGCAACAAAGCUUGGACGCAAAAACAUUACAGCAGUGGGAAAGUUACAGUGACAGCCGAUCAUCCCAAAAAUGGGAUCCGGACUUCAGACAGCAGAUUCCUGAACCAUGGAGUCACUAUGAAAGGCAGUUGUGUCCGAAACGCUACAGUGAUAUAAUCAGUACAUCGUCAUAUUUACAGCCAAAGUCCGAGGAGCAGAUUCCAUGCCAAGAGCAGCAUAAUACAUCGAAUUUCAGCAGGUCAAGGUUCAGUACCAGUAGCACCCAAAGUUCCCAGAGUGGUCACUUUGGAAAACCCGAAAUGACAAAACGUUCAUCUGUGCUUGAGACUGUCAGUAAGAUCGAGCAACGCGAGCAUGACAGUGAGAAGGCUUCAAAUAGCCGAGGACUACACCACGGUUCAGAUGCUGUUAGGUCAAACCAGUCUUCCAGUGCCAGAAGUUCACUGAACUGCUUGGAUGACAUGAGGAACAGAUGCAGUGCUGCAGAAGGGCAGCUGACAAAGCAGCCGUCAACUUCAAUGAGCAACUUAAUAACUGCUGACAAGACCCCAAUCCUGCAUCACUUGACGUGUGAGAGUAGAGAAGCCGGCACUAAAAUGGAGGAGCUGAGACGUCAGGAUGGUGAGCUGCAGCUUCCUGCUAAAUCUGCACAGAAGAGCAAACAUGCUUCACUUCCCAUCACAAACAAGGGAGGUCAGCUCAGCAAGAGCAGAAGUUCUAUCCAGUUGAUGGAUAAAGAUGAAAAUGACACUCUGUGGGAAGACGACCUCUCAGGCUCUCCCCCAGAUAAUGCCUUUAACCGAGCUUAUCGAAACAGUCUGAAAGAUGCUCAGAGCAAGGUGCUGAGGGCCACUUCUUUUCGACGAAAAGACCUGGAUUUAACCUCUCUGUAUGUGAACAAACAGAGCAUUCCUGUCAGGCCCGCUUCAGCUCACGUUGGCUCCAUGUCUCAGCCAAAGCUCUUGCACAUACCAAAGGACAGGCAUUGCAUCACACCAACAGAGGUGAGGAAUCUGACCCCAGACAUCAGCAGCAAAGAACUUCAGAGCAGUCACCACGUCGCACGAAUUGGAAACAGGAAACGCUUGACGGCGGAGCAGAAGAAACGGUCUUUCUCCGAGCCCGAGAAGAUUAAUGAGCUGGGAGUGUCGGACAGCGAAACCUCGUUUGUCGCUCAGCAUAAACCAGAUCGAGUGUUUGCUUUCCCUGAACCCUCAGAGCUCCGGUCUGUGGCGGACAGGCGGAGGCUGUUUGAAAGAGAUGGAAGGACCUUGUCCACCGUGAACCUCUCCAAACCGGAACUGAAGCAGAUCCAACAGAACGCACUCGCCGAAUACAUUCACCGAAAAACCGGCAAAAGGCCUUUCGUGCAGGAAAUGGGGGUGGUGAAGGAGCGAUCACAGAGCGUUUACCUGCAACCGAGCCAACCUGACGAUCAGAGCCUUUCCUCCUAUUCGAGUAUGAGCUCACUACUUGACCAGAGCGUCUACAGUCGCCAGCCUCUGGAUAGAUUGCCAGAGACCACUCGUGUUUCCUCAACACUCCCCCCUGGGCUUCCAGGCAACUUUGAUUUAUAUGGCGGUGCGCGUCAGGCUGAUAAUGGAGCCUCACUGAACUGGUACAGAAUGAACGUGGAGCGCACAUACAGCUCAGAAUUAACACUCAACAAGAUCGCUCCUCAGGAUCCAGUCCAACCUUACGAUCAGUCCGAUCAAAAUCCGUUCCACCAUCAGCAACAGCCGGCAUUUGAGAGGCAGUCGUCUGCAAGGAAUUCUGGGAAGUUUGCAUCUGCCGACAACCUCCUGGAAAAAUCGAAAAACCCGGUGGCAAUUCAUGUUCGGUCACGGUCGUCACCAUCGACUGAUAUGAUCUCAGAGGAUGUUCUCUAUGCCAUGAACAGACCUUUUGGUACCAGCAUAAAGGAUCCAUCCUUCUCUAAGUUGACAGGCACUGACUGUGUGGACAGCAUCCAUGGUGUACCGUCAACAUCAAGAAUGCAACAAGUGUCCAGACUACAACGUUCUGACUGUGGGCAACAGCUAGUGAGGGCAGCAUCACAAGACUGGUCUUAUGGCAAUGAAGGAACGGACUGCAAAAGCAAGGCUACAGGAACGCAUCUUCCAGCUGGUUAUGAGAAGGAGCCAAAGCCCAUGGCAGGAAGCAGACUGCCGAGUCAGAAUGAGAAGCACAAAUCACGAGAAGGUUACCGGCCUAGAAGCACCUCGAGCCUCAGUCAGCUGACCAGCAUCAGCCAGCACAGCCAUCGCUGUGCCAGUGAUAACUCAGCAGCGGGCAAAGCCGCUUCGGAACAACGCAGUAAAUCUUUCGCAAGACUUCACGAAACUGUCAGCAACAAACCAGCAACGGCAGGACCCGAGCCCUUUGUAAACUAUCAGCCGGAGGGAAGCAGAGCUGAGACAGCGUCAAAGAAGGCCGUGCCACCUCAGAGGCCUCCAGCUCCUAAAAUGAAAUGGGUCAAUUCGAUACACGACGACACCACAAAGCGGAGCCCAUUUCUCCCCCACGUCGCUGGGUUAAUCUUCAAACAAACCGAACAGGGGCAGGGUCCUGGAACAGCCAGCAGCAGGACCUGGGAAGCUGAGGUACCGCCGGCUAGACCACCUUCACCACAGCCCAGUGGUCACUCGUCCCCCUCUCCACUACGCCUCAAGUCGUCAUCUUCUUUUGCAGAGGAGGACGACGUGUUCAUUCAAGAGCUGGAACAGCAGGCUCUUAGUAGCUGUUACCCCACUCCUCUACUACCACCUCCACAGGAUCCCACACUCGUUCCAAGGGUUAGAGACCAGGAUCUUCCACCACCGCCUUCUCCCAUUAGUGCUGGUGAUCAGGAGACAGAGGAGCUGUUUCACAGGAAGGAGAGUGGAGUUCUGGCCAGGUUUCCAGACAAAGAUGCUGCAAAGAACAAGUUUCCUGCAAUGACCCGGACAGAAAGAAGUGACCAAACAAACCUACCCUGCAGCUGCAAUGUUUCUACAAUGAACGGUGAGCUGGGAAGUGCAGCAGUGGUCACUCCAGCAGCCACAGAACAGGCUCUCUCAACCCAAAACGCACAGCGCAGCAACCAGAGCUGGGAUAGUUCAUUUAUUCAAACACAAAAGGCUGCCACAAGCCAAGAAAACUCGGACUGCAAACAUUCUCCUAUGCCACUAGAAGAAAAUAAGAAGUGUCCCGAGGACCUCAAGUCAGAAGAACUUGCCAAGGAGAUCAUUGGCAAAGAUAAGUCUUUGGCAGAGAUUUUAGAUCCAGACUCAAAUAUGAAGACAACCAUGGACCUAAUGGAGGGCAUUUUCCCCAGAAGCAGCACAGUGAGGCAGGAGACACAACACAGAAAGCCAAGAUUACAGAAAGUCAUUGACAAGUCUGGAUCAGAAGAACAACAAAAAGAAGAGAGAGAGACAGGAGCAACUUCAGCACGUUGUCCCACUUACUACAACACAUCAGCUGUCAAAGCUGAACUGAUGAAUAAAGUAAAGGACAUGCAGAGAAAUUCUGCUGAAGAUGAGGAUGUUGAAGAACCAGACAUCAAUGAGAAAAAGUCUGAGCUAAUUGAAAGCAUAACAUGCAAACUUCAGACACUACGGAAAGCCAAGGAGAGUCUAGCAGCUGACAUUAAAUUGAACAGUGCUCUGGGUGAAGAAGUGGAGACCAUGAUUAAAGGGCUGUGCAAGUCGAAUGAGUAUGAGAAGUACAAGAUGUUCGUCGGAGAUUUGGAUAAGGUUGUCAAUUUGCUGCUUUCCCUGUCCGGCCGUUUAGCUCGAGUGGAAAAUGUCCUGAAGACUCUCGAUGAAAAUACAAAUACUGAGGAACGUAAUCUGUUGAAUGAGAAACGAAGACUUCUGACCAGUCAGCACGAGGACGCAAAGGAACUGAAGGAGAAUCUGGAUCGGAGGGCACGCGUGGUCCUAGAUAUCCUGGAGAACUACUUGACAGAAGAGCAAUUCCAAGACUACCAGCACUUUGUGAAGAUGAAGGCAGCACUGCUGAUGGAGCAGCGAGAGCUGGAUGACAAGAUCAAGUUGGGUGAGGAGCAGCUCAAAUGUUUGUUAGAGAGCCUCCCUGCUGACUUUGUAUCACAAAGGACAGCUCACUCGCCUGCCAGUCACCCAGAGCCUGACACUUCGCAACCUAAACUUACCUCUUCACUUUAAAAGGAAAUUGUAAGGGUUUUUUUUUUAAAAAGUCAGGUUUUAAUUGUAAAUCACUCAGAGAACAAGAUUGAGGAGGGAUUCUGCAUGAAGAAGAUGACAUCUUUAAAUUGCUAUCAACAUCUAUGUAUUAGUGAAACAAUGGCUAGCAUUGUUUGAGCACAAGAUGGUUCUUGUGGGAGCUUAUUACCAGCAAGUCUCCAACACAAAACUUAAAAAUGCUCCUGAGGCAUCUUGAGCAUCUUUUCAAAUAUGACAUUAGAGAUACUUUUUGAAGACCCCUUCAAAAGAGAAUGGCACAACAAGAAAUUUCUGUUUGCAACUUAUUUUAAAAACAAAAGAAAGCAUUUUUUUAGCCUCCCCAAUAACAUCAGAGCAUUACUACUAUUUAUAAUUUUGAUGUGUAAGUUUCUGUACAUAUGCUAACCUCUUAUGGUUCAACUUUGUUGUGUAGGGAAAAUAAACUAAUUUUUGUAAGAAAAUAACUUUUGAAAGAACGAAAGCAAGCUCUAAUCACAAAAUGUGAUUGCAGUCUUCUGUGAUUUUGUUUUUUUUUAAUAUUGUUCAUGAUGAAGGACAUGGGACCACCAGGAUUAGAGAAAGCUGCAGUUUGGGAAAAGUUUUAGAAUGGUACAUGUUGACGAUUGACUGAUUCUUUCAAAAUAACUUUGGGCGAUGCUCAAUUUUUAUGUCAUGAAGUACAGUUCAAACUAUCAAUAAUUCACUUUCAAAUAAUGUUUAUAAACUUCAAUUUAUAUAUAUAUAUAUGCAUUUUUGUCCAAGUAUUUGGCAAUUGCAUGCGAGACAUGACCCCCAGUCGGUGGGUAAUCAUCCAUCUUAAAGCUGGUAAACCUUAAUGAUCACUAAAGUAUAGUUAGCAUGGGUGACCAUUGCAGAAAGCAAGCAUCUUCAGUGGACCCAAUAUUUAUAUCUCAGUUGGAUUUAAUUGAAAAUACAACUCCAGAUGACCGAGGUCUGUGGAAAAAUUAGAAUGUGUUUGCCACUGAAGUAUUCUCCGUGAAUGAAGGAAAUUCAUGCAAGUACACUACAUAAUCCAAGCUCACCCUUUUUCUGAGUGUACCUGUCCCUGCGUGCAUAAUGUGAUUUUUAAUUGUAGUAUUGGAAAUGCAGUUUACAGUGCAAAAGUGCACAGCUCCACCCACAGAGCUCUAUUUGUGUGGUUUAGCUAAUGCAUUGAUUCAGUUAGAGGUAAAGGAUUUUCUAACACUUGCUUUCAUUCCUUUUUAAAACAUUCAUUUUUCAUAUUCUGACUUCUCAAUGUACUGAGCUGUGUGUAAACCACUGUAUAUAAUACUAACUUUCUGAACAGUAGUCGCUGGCAUAGAUUAAGAGUAUUCAUUUCUCAGCCUCUGUCAGAUCUGGGUUUUAGUUUUUUAAGCUUUGCUGCACUUGACAACAUGUUACUGUAUGGAUAACUGCUCAUUCUGGAUUGUAAUGUCAACUUGUUUUGUUAAAUCAGAAGGUGAGGACUGUUCAGGGUUCUUUCACCACUUGGCGAUGGCCGCAAUUUUCCAUAGCCAUUCUGAGUGUUUGUCCAGCCAGUGAUGUGAAACACACUGCAUGGCUUCUCACAAAUCAGCCAGUUAUAUGGUAUGUGAAAUAAUUUAAAAGGAGCUUGCUGUACUUCUCACAGUCAAAUGUUUUGAUGAGAUGUGUUUUCAAACAGAAAUCAUGACAUUAAAGCUUGUAAACCACUUACUGCUGCAGACAAUAAAGAUGAU